AGACAAACAUGAUCAUAGCCUGAUCCAAAUAGUCUUGGAGAUGUGUAUUGAAAACACAACUGUGCUGUAUUUUGGAAAUGAUGGUAAGGUUUUCCUCCUGAGGAAGUUGGGUAAAAUUGUACCUCUCUCUGGAAGAAAGCUUGGUUUUACUCUUGGCAAUGUGGUUGGGAUGUAUCUGGCUCAGAACUAUGAUAUUCCUAACAUUGCAAAGAAGCUUGAAGAUUUUAAGAAGGAUGUGGAAGCUAAGAAGAAACCUCCCAGCGACAAGUCCUAAGAGAGCAAUGUUACCCAAGUCAUCUCUGUGCAUGCAUCAAGGAUGCAAUUUACCUUUCAGGCAACAAAGAUCAAGUAGAGGGUUGGCAUGGGAGAUUCCUCCACUUUUAGUCUCUUAGAACUGGAAUGUCAUUCUUUUGAAAGAGCAGCCGUGAACUUUUCCUGGGACUGAUUUUCAAGGGUUUCAGAAUUUGGAUUUGCAGCUGAUAUGUGACUGGAUAAGAUCGUUUGUAUUUUUUGUUAUUGCUUUUCCUAAUAUUUUGUAACCCAUUUUUACCUGAUCCAACUGGAGUCCUGUUAAUCCUGUUACUAUGCGUACCUCACACUUUGUAAUACCCUAGUUCUUAGAACAUCGCCAGAAAAAUUAAAUGCAUCAAGUAGUAACUUU